AUGGGUCGAUGUCACAAGUUAACGGUCUCAGGUCAGCGAGAUGAACUAAAGAUACAGCCUAUUGGCCAGACGAGGCCCGUGAUCAUAUCAGGAAGGUUUCCUAUAUUCCUGAAGCUGCAGCUGAGCUACUUCGAACAUGUGAAGAAGAAGCUGCAGCAGCAGGAGGGUCGUAAGAAGACCCAAGAGUUGCUGUCUAAGGCCGUCUACUUGCUCAGCAUGGGAGGGAACGAUUACAUGAAGGUCGGCAAUCCAAAACCGGGCGAAGUCCCUCUCACGGACUCUGAAAAGAAAGAGUACGUGACCAUAGUGCUCGGCAAUAUCACAUCCACGGUCAAGAAAGUGUACGCGAUGGGCGGGAGGAAAUUCCUUUUCCAGGCCGUGGGGCCACUGGGUUGCAUGCCGGCGACCAGGGUCAGCCCGGGAGCUGAGGGCUGCAGUCAUGAAGUCAUGAGUCUCGCCAAAAUGCACAACACAGCAAUGUCGAAUGUCCUCCGGAAGCUAGAGAAGACGUUGCCCGGAUUCAAAUAUUCUCUGUUUGAUUACUUCUCUACCCUUGCAUCGAUCACCAACUACGCUCCGAAAUAUGGUUUCAAAGAAGGGCAGGCAGCAUGCUGCAGUAGCGGGCAUUUCAACGGGGCGUUCACAUGUGCUAACACCACCGCCGGUUUCAACCUCUGCCAUGACCCGACUAAGUAAGUGUAGUUCGAUGGAGCUCACCCGUCCGACAGCGCCAACAAGUUCCUCUCGGCCCUCUUCUGGAGUGGACCUCUCAAAGUUGUGUGGCCUCGCGGUGCAAAGGAGCUGUUCCACAUGCCCUAGCCUUAUCCGGACUAGGACUCUUUAAUUCCUGGGAGUAUUCUACCGAAAAACAAAUAAAUUCCUAGGACUAUAAAAUAUGAUGUUACUACCGCAAAAAUAAUUCCUAGGAUUUACCUUGGUGCGUAAUUAAACC